CCCAUCCUGCCGCCGCCGCCGCCGCCGGUGUGAGUCUCUGUCAGCGCCGCAGCUCGCGUCGGACGGCGGCAGCGCACCUGAGCCGCACGUCGCCCGGAACGAGGCACAUUCUCCUCCCGUUAACGUGUCUCCCGCCUCCUCCGGCGGCGCCGGAGCGCAUCGCGUGUCCCGGCGAGCGCCCUCAUCCCUCCGGCUGUCCGCGACCGCACGCGUGGGUCGCCGUGUAAAACCUGCCCUGUGCUGUUCUGUGUUGCGUCUGCAGCUCCAUGGCCGCCCCCCCCACCCCCCGCCUCCCCUCCGGGAGGUAGCCUGCGGGGGCUGUGCUCAGCGCCACGGACGACCAGCCGAGUGAUGGAGACGGGCAGAAUCCCAGGACGCGCUCCCGACACUGUGACCAGACGAAGGGACGGCCCGAGUGCACCUGCGGCAGCCUCGCGCGGAGCCGGCUCCUCCCUGUGACGCUGGUGAUGAGUCGCCCGUCCACAGCCAAUGAUCCAGAGAGCUGCAGCAGCGAGGGCAGCAGCCGCGCCGCGUCCUCUAUGCCGAAGAGCAGCCCCGGCGACGCCUCCAAGCGCGCCGCCCCCCCGCCGCCGCCCCUGCCCCCGCCCCCUCCCCCGCCCCCGGCCACCGCCGCGCCCGGCGGCCGCAGGAAGCGCCGCGUGCGCAGCUUCUUCUGGAAGCCCAUCCCCGAGGAGAAGGUGCGCGGGAAGCCCAACAUCUGGACCAUGGCGGUGCGGCAGCAGCAGUUCCAGAUCGACGUGCGCUCCGUGGAGGAGCUGUUCGGGCAGCAGGAGGAGGCGGCGGGGGGGCCGCGGGGGGCGGGGGCGGCGGCGGCCGCGCCCGGGGCCGCCGCCGCCGUGUCGCGCUCCCGCUCCUUCAAGGAGAGCAGCAAGGACGAGAUCAGCAUCCUCGACUCCAAGAGGGGCAUGAAUGUGGGCAUUUUCCUGAAGCAGUUCAAGAAGUCCAACCGCUCCAUUGUUGAGGACAUACGACGGGGAGAAGGAAAGAUUUAUGGGGCCGAGCUGCUCAAAGACCUGUUGAAGCUCCUUCCUGAUGCAGAGGAGGUUAAGAAGCUGCAGAUGUUUAAGGGAGACGCGGACAAGCUGACGCUCGUCGACUCCUUUAUGUUCCUGCUAAUCCAGGUGCCGCGCUUCGAGGUCCGGAUCGAGGCCAUGGUCCUGCGCGAGGAGUUCUUCCCGUCCUGCGCCGCGAUGAGCCACGAGAUCGAUGUCGUCCGCGUCGCCACCAAAGAGCUGAUGAGCUGCGAGGAGCUCCACGCCAUCCUGCAUCUGGUGCUGCAGGCCGGGAACAUCAUGAACGCCGGCGGCUACGCGGGGAACGCCGUGGGAUUCAAGCUGUCCUCCCUCCUGUCGCUGGCAGACACCAAGGCCAACAAGCCCGGAAUGAACCUGCUGCACUUCGUUGCCAUGGAGGCGAAGAAGAAGGACGAGAAGCUGCUCAAGUUCCCGGAGAGACUUCAGGACGUCCAGAGUGCAGCCAGGAUCUCGGUGGAGAACAUCGAAAUGGACUUUUCCUCCCUCUACGUCCGCAUCAAAUCCCUGGAGGAGAAGGUUCAAGGAGACCAGGAGCUGCUGCAGCAGCUGGAGCCGUUCCUGCAGAGUUCAGCGCAGACACUUCAGGAGCUGAAGAGACGCAGGCUGGACCUGCGGAAGGAGGGGAACGCGCUCAUCGAUUUCUUUUGCGAGGACAAGGACACGUUCAAGCUGGACGAGUGCUUCCGCAUCUUCCAGGACUUCUGCAUCAAGUUCAGGAAGGCUGUGAAGGACAACGUGGACCGCGAGGCGAAGGAGGCGGCCCGGCAGCGGCGCCUGCGCGAGCUGGAGGAGCGGCGCUUCGCGUGGGCGGCGCCGGACCCGAGCGGCGCCUUCGGCCGCAGCAGCAGCGAGAGCGACGUGGAGCUGCUGAGCAAGGACGGCCUCCUGGACUUCCUCCAGAGGUCCCAGAGUCCGCACGGCCCGCUGGGCCGCUCGGCCAGCGCCCGCCGCCACCGCCACACCAUGACCUCCGUCGCCGACCGCGAGCUCCAGGGGUUCCUCCAGCUGUUCGGCGGCGCCGGGAGCCCCGCGGACCGCUCCAGGUUCCACAGCCUGCCGCGGCCGGGCCGGCCCGCGCAGCGCGGGCCCGCGCCGUGGAUCUCGGCCCAGGACGACAACCGCGAGCUGGGCGGCGACAGGGGCGCGGUGUCUCCGUGCGCGGGAACGGACCCGGUCAGCCCGCUGGUCAGGUUCUCCUCCUCGGGCUUCGCCGACAACCAGGACGCGUGCAACAACAAUCAGUGCUCGUCCCUGUCGGAGGGCAGCGCUCGGCCCUGUUCUCUCAGCGUCUUUCCCAAGCCCGCGAUCACCGGCCGCAUGAAUGUUAGCGUGGAGAAGCACACUUUAGCUCGAGGCCCGCAGGCGUUCGACCUGAGAAGCCCCAACAACAACAGUCAUAUCCGCUUGGUCGACCGGGGGGACGUUGAGGUGACGGACUUGGAGGAGGAGUCACAGCCUCCACCCAAGAAUGUGGAUCACGUCCUACACAGCAAAGCUGCAGCCAGAGACGCUGUGAAGGAGGAGGACGCAGGUCCCGCUCCGACGGGGGAGAGAGAGGAGGACGCCAGCACCGUUUCCUCCACCACCUGCACCACGCCGCUCCCGCUGGACACGUCCGCCUCCAGCAAGAAGCCGCCGUUUUACCUCCUGGACUGCACCGAAACCGACUGCUCCGUGUCCCUCGAUUACUCCGAGGGCGACAGCUCGUCUGCGGCUAAAGAGGGGCUUGGUUUGAGGCCGAGCGACCGCAGCGGCGAGCGGCGAGAUCCCAGCGCGCUGUCCUCCGCGUCCCCCAACGACGAGUCGGCUUCGGCCGCAAAACCCCCAGACGCGGCGUCCACGGAGGAGUGGGACACGGAGAGCUGCGACACCACCGAGGGGCGGCAGGCGGCCGAGAAAGACGCGCAGAGGGGCGGCAGGAAGGCGGCGCACGCAAAGGGGAGGGGCAAGGGCGGCGGGGGGCGGGGCGUGCGAACCCUGACGAGCAGCGAGAGCCAGGGCAUGCGCAAAGUGGUGCCCAUCAGCAGGUGCACGCGCGCCGGCGGCAGCAAGCCUCCGGUCCACGAGGGCGGAGACGCGCGCCGGCCGCUCCGGGACCAGAGCACCCCGGCCACGGGGAGGAGCGAGAAGGCGCCCCGGCCCCCACGACACUCCAGCCUGCCUCCGGACGGGCCCAAGGCCGCGAGGGGGGGCGGGUCCAGAGUGGCGCGCGACGCCGUCCCGAGGAAGCCGAGCGGGAAACCCGUGAGGAACGUCCCCAAGGCGCCGCCGGAGGAGAAGAUGUGCCGCUCCACCAUGCGGGCGCUGGCCCAGGCCCAGGUCCAGGUGGGCGGAGCCUCCUCGGAGGCCGGCGGCUCCCACACGCUCACCGCCAGGAACCCGGCCGAUGUCCCCGGCUUCGCCCGCAACACCGUGGCCUCGUCGUCCCGGUUCAAGAAGGAGGCGGGGCCCCCGUCCGUCCCCUCCACGCCGUCCCGCAGCCCGUCGCUCGCGGGCCGACCGCCCUCCGUGAAGCAGAGCAGGCCGUCGGCGCCGGGCGAGGAGCCGCCGCGGGGGGCGGGUCUGCGGCGCGCGCACAGCGUCCGGGCCGCGGGGCGGAGCCGCCGCAGCGAGACUCCGCCCCCGGCGGCCGCGCGAGACCACGUCCGCAAGGCCGGAAGCUUCUCCGAGAAGUCGACGGCGACGCCCGGCCGAGGCGCGAAGCCCAGCUGGAAAUAAACGGGACACGACGACGAGGAGACGCUCCCUCUGAGACCAACGAGUCCCUCCGCGCUCCACCUUCAGUCCUGAAAUGAUGCAAACGUCAAAAACCUUUUAUAAACGAAGAUCGCACAGAUGCAAUGACCUCCACGUGUUGAUACUAAAAGCUACUUUUCUCAUUGACUGAACUGACAAAUGGCAGACCUGUGUUCUGACCCAGGAGCGUCUGCCUGCAGAACCGUCCGUGUGUCUGAACGCUGGGAUCUAAUGCUGCUAUUGGCUCUGACAGUUAACGUCCAGCGUCCGUUUCAUUCAGGGCUAGAGUUCAUUCUCCCUUAUCUGCUGCUGUCAUCCUGUUUUAUUAUUAUUAUUAUUAAUAUUAUUAUUGUGUUUUUGCAUCCUCCUGCAGCUCUGUUUGCCUUUUGGUUCCUUUGCUUGAUACCUCAUGAAAAGACGCAGUGGCCUUGUACCAGAAAAGGUUCUGCAUGAUUAAAAAUGUAGAUCCGAUCCGACCUGGUUGAAAUAACUGCAAUGCCACUUUUUACAACUCCUCUGUAUAUUAAUAUCACUGCAAUCUAUAUGAAGCUGAUCCUCCCACGGUGUGUAUCGACUGUGGUAUUACUUGUGUAUUUAUGUGUUAGUAGGUUAGAACGCCUCCAUAUUGUCAUGGAGCAGACGUGCACGUAGCAGGUGUUUCCUAUUUACCGUAGGCUAAUAGGUGAUGCUUUAAAACAGAAGCAUUUAACACGUCUCAGUCAAAUCAGUUUCCCAGCCUAAAUGUCAUCAACAGGCGUCACCAUGGUUUUCCCACUGGCCACAUUACAAAACUACACAGCAGCUCUGCUGUGGGGCUGGAGACGUACUGAGGGCAGAGUAUACGGGUAUUCAGGGUUGUUGGUACAAGCUUCCACCACAUCGCGAUCAGCGUCGCUGAAGCUCUGCCAGAAUUAAUCAAAUAAAAAGACCUAAUGUAGUUGUUCAGGUAUGACGGAUGAGGAUUCCAGCCGGGCGGGACUCAGACCCGCCGACCAUUUCCACCACUUGCCUUUCAAACUGCAUUGUGCCAUUUCCACAGCAGCCUUAAAGCGUCAUGUAGCGACACAUCACCAUUAGAGCCUCGCGUGAACGGAGCGUGGAAGCGUUCAUUCCACCACAACGGGCCCAAGCGGCGCCGCACUCACUUCUUCAGCGCAGAGAAAUAGAAUUGUUCUGACGAACACUUUCCACAGAGCAGCAAUGAUUGAGGAGCGAAACACAUGGGAGAUGAUGUAAAGAUGAAGACAUGCGUCAGAUGAUUGACCUCUGACCUCACACCUAAACAUCUUGCUGUUCCCCCUAAUGCAGAUUAUGCUUAUGAAGCUGUGGCUCAAACGGCCCAGUGUGGUGUUUCUAUUGUUAGAGAGGGAUGAUUGGGCUCGUUUUGUCCAUUAGAGGAUCUCAUCUCAUCUCUAUUCUCUCUGUAACAUUUUAUAUUCACAGCUGAAUAAGAAAGUAUGAGGUAAAUAUACACCAACGAAGAGAGGAGCAGGAAAAACAAACCCAAAUAGAAUUUCCAUAAUGUUUUUCAGCUCUAAAUAUUUGACUAUUUUCUUCCACUGCCACUGAGCCCAAGAUGAGGAUGCAUCUGCUCUUUACAUUAGCGUCUGCUUGUUUGGUGGUUCUUAUGAAUUCGCUUUAAUCCCAAAGGCCGGAGUCCUUUAGAAAAUCAUCACAAGCUGCCGAUCGGACGGCAACGCUGCGUCUGGAGAGUUCAUUCACCAGCUCAUCUUUGUGAUUCACGCUUCCUGGUUUUCACAUUUGUAUCCCCGAGAAUGUGUUUUAUACGCUGGAGGGGAGCGACUAGUGCUGUUUUUUUACUCUGAUGUGAUUCUGUGUGAUGAGAAACGUGACACGAGGCAAAGUGCUCAUGAAAAUCAGAACUGCUGAGCAUCUGCGAUCACUAGACCACAGGGCAGACGGUAAAUCUGUUGCAGGUCAUAUUUCUGAUGACGACAUCAAGGAAAUAAAUAAAAAUCACGUGUUGCUGUGUAAAUCAA